AGGCGCUGAAGCGCGGUUGAGUUGAGAGAGGUCGGAAGCCAAAUAAUAAGAUACCUAACAUUCUCGAGCUACCUUCGUUUGAAUUGAAUCGCGUGGGAAUUUAGAGUCUACCUUCUCAGAACUCAGAAGAAGAGAAUACAAGAGAUGGCAGCAACUUCAUUGUGUUCAUCGACGCUCCAAUCUCAAGUCAAUGGAUUGGCUGGUGGACUCAAGCUUCAAAAGACUUCUCUCUUCCAGCCUCGUUCUGUCACUUUCUACAGGAGGAAGCUGACUACUACAGUGAAGGCUAUGUCUCGUGUUGACAAGUUUUCUAAAAGUGACAUCAUUGUUUCUCCUUCCAUUCUUUCUGCUAACUUUGCAAAGUUGGGAGAGCAGGUAAAGGCUGUGGAAUUGGCAGGCUGUGAUUGGAUCCACGUGGACGUGAUGGAUGGACGUUUUGUACCAAAUAUUACAAUUGGGCCUCUUGUGGUUGAUGCUCUGCGCCCUGUGACAGACCUCCCAUUGGAUGUGCACUUGAUGAUUGUAGAGCCUGAACAGCGAGUCCCAGAUUUUAUCAAGGCAGGAGCUGACAUAGUUAGUGUUCAUUGUGAGCAAUCUUCCACCAUCCAUUUGCAUCGUACAGUUAAUCAAGUGAAAGGCUUGGGAGCCAAAGCUGGAGUUGUCCUAAACCCUGCUACUCCAUUAAGUGCAAUCGAAUAUGUAAUUGACGUGGUUGAUUUGGUCUUGAUUAUGUCUGUCAACCCCGGGUUUGGUGGCCAGAGUUUUAUAGAGAGUCAAGUAAAGAAAAUUUCUGAUUUGAGGAGACUUUGUGCGGAAAAGGGAGUGAAUCCAUGGAUUGAAGUGGACGGUGGAGUUGGUCCAGCAAAUGCUUACAAGGUGAUUGAGGCUGGAGCUAAUGCUCUGGUUGCUGGUUCUGCUGUGUUUGGAGCUAAAGAUUAUGCUGAAGCAAUAAGAGGAAUCAAAACCAGCAGAAGGCCCGAAGCAGUUGCUGUAUAAUGUACUUCCCGAGGAUGCUGUUAAUUUGCCUGUAAUACAAUAUCCAUGAAUAAGCAGCCAUAUUAGACAUCGCGUUGUCUGGCUUGCCGUCACCAAUUGCUACCGCUUGUCGUGAAUGCACUAUAUGAACCCGGUCUAAGGCUGCUGCUGAGAAGCGUAGUUUGUGUAGAAUGUUUUUGGUGGGUCGGAACUGACUCUGUACAAGUUGGAUCACUGUAACCUCUCAUGUUACAACUUGUAAAGCAAUUAUGCAUUGUGACCGUACAGGGAUGGUUGUAUUCAUGAGAUGAUUUCUCUCAGUUGACACUUGUUACCACUUUUCUUCA